AUGCGUUUCCAAUUUGCGUUGACGCUGCAGGCGCUAUGGACUGGUGUUUGCCAGGCGGCCAUGCAGAACUACCCUGCAGCGUGGGGCCACUACGAUGUGUGUAAGUCCCAGGUUUACUCAGAUGAAGGCCUGACCUGGGACUACAUGGCCUGCCAGCCAGAGGCAGCAGACAUGACCCAGUUCCUGAAGGUUACUCUGGAUCCCCCCAAUAUCACCUGUGGAGACCCUCCAGAGACAUACUGCGCCCUGGAAAACCCAUACAUGUGUAAUAAUGAAUGUGACGCCAGCACUGAGGAGCUCGCCCACCCUCCAGAGCUCAUGUUCGACAUCGAGGGCCGUAACCCCACAACCUUCUGGCAGUCCACAUCCUGGAAAAAGUACCCCAAAGCCCUCCUGGUUAACAUCACGCUAUCUUGGAACAAGACCAUCGAGCUGACAGACGACAUCGUCCUCACCUUCGAGUCAGGCCGGCCCGAGCAGAUGGUCCUAGAGAAGUCCCUGGACUAUGGACGAACCUGGCAGCCCUACCAGUUCUAUGCCACUGACUGCCUGGACGCCUUCACCAUGGAGCCCAAGACGGUGCAGGACCUGAGCCAACAUACCCUGCUGGACAUCAUCUGCACUGAGGACUACUCACGAGGUUAUGUGUGGAAGUAUGACAAAACGGUGCGCUUUGAGAUCAAGGACCGCUUUGCGCUCUUUGCUGGGCCCCGACUCCACAACAUGGCUUCCCUUUACGGUCAACUGGACACCACCAAGAACCUGAGGGACUUCUUCACCAUCACAGACCUGAGAGUCCGGCUGCUCCGGCCUGCCACAGGAGCUACGAUGGUGGACGAGAACAACCUGUCCAGAUACUUCUACGCCAUUUCAGACAUCAAAGUUCAGGGCAGGUGCAAGUGCAACCUUCACGCCAACAGCUGCAUCUAUGACAAAGACAAGUUGAGCUGCGAGUGUGAACACAACACCACCGGGCCUGACUGUGGCCGCUGUAAGAGGAAUUACCAGGGACGAGCGUGGAGUGCUGGUUCCUACCUUCCUAUCCCCAAGGGCACGGCUAAUAUCUGUAUUCCCAAUAACAUUGGUCCAGUUAACUGCGAAUGCUUCGGCCACUCCAACCGAUGCAGCUACAUCGAACUGCUAAACACCGUCAUUUGCGUGAGCUGUAAGCACAACACUAGGGGCCAGCACUGCCAGCUGUGCAAGCUGGGAUACUACCGCAAUGCCUCUGCAGAACUGGACGAUGAAAAUGUGUGCAUAGAGUGUAAUUGUAAUCCCUUUGGCUCAGUCAGUGAUCGCUGUAAUGGCACAGGAUUUUGUAUAUGUAAGGAGGGCACAACAGGGCCUAAGUGUCAGGAGUGUCUACCCGGCUAUUUGUGGGACGAUGGCUGCAAAUCCCGGGUGUGUGACAACGAACUCCUGCGCUGCCAAAAUGGUGGGGUGUGUGUUAACCACGUCCGCUGCACCUGUCCCUCAACCUACACGGGCCUGCUGUGCGAGAAGGCCCGCUGCGAGUCGGAGCUGGGAGGGUGCGGGGGCGCCGAUUCAGGCCAGUCCUCCCUGACGCCUCCGUCCUCUGCCGGGCUGCUGCUGCUGCUGCUGCUGGGCUCAGCGCUGCUGAGAGAAGCCUCCUGCUGGCCCGCUGUGCUCUAA